AUGCCGACGACGACGGCGAGCGCCGCGGCUCAUGCGGUGUCGAUACGAUCGUCGAAAAAUAAAGUUUUGGGCGAUGUGCGACGGGGAAUCUCGGCUCGAGCGUCAGUGCGUCGAGCAGAUUCGACGCGACGCAUCGCGGUGGCGCGCGCGACGAACCGUGACGUGCACGUGGUGCGCGCGAUCGCGGAUUCAUCACCAAGCACGUCGGAGCUAUCCAGCGCGGAUGCCCUGGCGAAGUAUGUCGCUGAACGAGGAGGUAAGCGCGUGAUCCGCAAGGUCUUAAUUGCGAACAAUGGCAUGGCGGCGGCGAAGAGCAUUCUGUCGAUGCGUCGCUGGGCGUUCAACGAGUUCGGCGACGAGAACGCGAUCCAGUUCUUGGCCAUGGCGACGCCGGAAGAUCUCGGGGCGAACGCCGAGUUCAUUCGUUACGCCGAUGACUACGUGGAAGUGCCUGGUGGGUCAAACAAGAACAACUACGCAAAUGUACCGCUCAUCACGGAAAUCGCCAAGCGCGAGGGCGUGGAUGCGGUGUGGCCGGGUUGGGGUCACGCCUCAGAGAAUCCGAAGCUCCCGACGGCGCUCAAGGCCAUCGGCGUGCAGUUCAUCGGUCCGACUGCGCCGGUGAUGAGCGUGCUGGGUGACAAGAUCGCAGCUAAUAUUUUGGCGCAAACAGCCAAGGUGCCAUCGAUCCCGUGGUCCGGCGACGGCCUCGUCGCCGAGUUGACUGCAGAGGGCACCAUUCCCGAAGAGACGUUCAACAAGGCGAUGGUCACCACGGUGGAGGAGUGCGUGGCCGCGGCGAAAAGAAUUGGCUUCCCGGUCAUGUUAAAGGCGUCCGAAGGUGGUGGCGGUAAGGGUAUCCGUAUGAGCGCGGACGAAGAGCAGCUUCGGGUGAACUUUGAGCAAGUCAAGGCUGAAGUUCCGGGCUCUCCGAUGUUCAUGAUGCAGCUUUGUACACAAGCUCGUCACUUGGAGGUUCAGAUUGUGGGCGAUGAGUACGGUAACGCGAUCGCGCUAAAUGGACGUGAUUGCUCCACGCAGCGUCGUUUCCAAAAGAUCUUUGAGGAAGGCCCUCCAACGGUGGCAAAGAAGGAUGUCUUCCGUGAAAUGGAGAAGGCGGCACAACGUCUGACGAAGAACAUCGGCUACAUCGGUGCAGGCACUGUCGAGUACCUCUACAACGCCGAGACUGAUAAGUAUUUCUUCCUCGAGCUCAACCCGCGUUUGCAAGUCGAGCACCCGGUGACUGAAGGUAUCACAGGCGUGAACCUUCCGGCCACACAGCUGCAAGUUGCCAUGGGUAUUCCACUCUCACGCAUCCCUGAAAUCCGACGCUUCUACGGCAGAGAUAUUGACAGUACUGACGAUAUCGAUUUCAUGGAAGAGGAUUACAAGUACCCCGAGACACAUGUUAUUGCUGCUCGCAUCACUGCCGAGAACCCAGACGAAGGCUUCAAGCCGACGUCUGGUGGAAUCGAGCGCAUCUCCUUCCAGUCCACACCAAACGUGUGGGGUUACUUCUCCGUCGGUGCCAACGGUGGUGUUCACGAGUUCGCCGAUUCUCAGUUUGGUCACAUUUUCGCCUCAGGGCGCAACCGUAACGAAGCGCGAAAGGCUCUCAUUCUUGCUUUGAAGGGGAUGGUCGUGAGAGGUGAAAUUCGCACCGCUGUCGAAUAUUUGGUUCAACUUCUCGAAACGGAUGAGUUCAAGGCGAACACCAUCGACACGUCUUGGUUGGAUGGGCUGAUCGCGAAGAAGCAAAUCGCGAACAAGCAAGAUGAACACAUGAUCGUUCUCGGCGCGGCUAUCUUCCGAGCUUUCAAUAUGGCUAAGACAGAAGAGGCUGCGUUCACGGAGUUCUGGCAGAAGGGCCAAGUCUCCGUCCAAGGUGUAGACAAGAUGAUUCGAUUCCCGAUCGAAAUCACGUACAAUGACGUGAAGUACAGCUUCCAAAUCACUCGACCCGGUCCUGACAUAUUCCUGGUGAGCACUCCGGAAGGCCAAUCGAUCGAGGCAAAGAUCCGUGAGCGUGCUGACGGCGCCCUCGUUGCCAUUUUUGGUGGCGAGCAACACGAGAUCGAAGGUUUGGAGGAGCCGCUUGGCUUGAGAAUGAUUCUUGACGGCCAAACGUGGUUGUUGCCGACCGUCUUUGAUGCGUCCGAACUUCGCACCGACGUUACAGGUAAGCUCAUUCGCUUCCUGCAAGAUGAUGGAGCUGAGGUGGUGGCUGGCAAGCCGUACGCUGAGGUUGAAGCGAUGAAGAUGGUUAUGCCGCUUGUUGCCACCGAGAGCGGUAAGAUUAACCACGCCAAGGCUGCGGGUGCUGUUAUCGAAGCCGGUGACUUGCUCGCCUCGCUCACACUCAAGGAUCCAAGCAAGGUGAAGAAGAUCACCACGCACAGUGGCGCGCUUCGCCUGCCAGUCUGUGACGAGGCUCCGCCAGGCCCAGAGGAAGCUCUUAACGCCGCCAUCGGCCGGGUCAACCUCUUUCUGGACGGCUAUGAGCUUGACGCUAAUCAAUGCGUCUCCGACCUCCUCAGCUCUCUCACGUCGCUCCCGGCGGAUCAAGGUCGCUGGGAACGCGCAACGGAUGUCCUUGAUCAAAUCAUUCAGCGCUAUCUCAGCGUCGAAAGCGUGUUCGAAGGCAAGAAGUUGGACGCUGUCAUGCAGCAACUCAUCCGCGCGAACAGCAGUAACUUGCAGCCGGUUUUAGAUCAAGUUCGAUCGCACAUGCGCUCGAAGGAACGGCAAGGUCUCAUCUUGAGCCUGCUCAAGCAGGCGCCGACGCUGCCGCAGCGCGUCAUGUCUCGAGGUCCCAUUUCGUGGGCGGACGAUCACGCUCCGAUCUCUGACUCCUUGCGCAAGAACAUCGAACGUCUCUCCAAGCUUCGAGGCGGUGAGUACGGCGAUAUCGCUGUUCAAGCCUCAAACAUAUUGCUUGAGCGCAGGUUACCGUCAAUCGACAAGCGUUUGGAUGAGUUGAAGAAGAUUCUCCUCGGAUCUCAGCCGUUGUUGCGCUCUUGGAGCAUCGGUGGCAAGGCCCCGCUGCCCGGAGAUCUCCAAUCUCUGGUUGAGUCGCCGACGUUGGCAGUCGAUUUGUUGCCGUCUCUCUUCUCUGAUAAGGACGAAAAGGUGCAGAACGCUGCUCUCGAGGUGUACUGCAAGCGCGUCUACCGAGCUCACAAUGUCCUCAGCACCUCGGUCUCUCGUGACAAUGGCAUGACCUCCAUCAGCUGGAACUUCAAGUUCAACACGUUCCCGGAUGAGAGCCCGCUUCGAUGCGGUAUGCUGGCUCGUGUGGAUACCGUUGCGGACGCCAAGCAAAACUUCUCCGCCAUGUUGGAUCGACUCGAGUCAAACGUCAAGGCGGCGGGCGCGGGUGGGUCCAGCGACACCCAGCUGCACGUUCUCCAUGUGGCCGUUUGCAAGCAAAGCGCCGACGAUGGCUUGCCCACUGAUCUUGAGGCAUUCAUCGCUUCUCACAAGGAUCGACUGAACGCGAUGGGCAUCAAGUUCGUCAACUUCCUUGCGUAUUCUGAUCUCGAGUUGCCGGCCUACUUCACCUUCCACUCCGGUAAGGACUUCAAGGAAGAUAUGCUGUACAGAGGUGAGCGACCCACUGUCGCCCACUUGCUUGAGUUAGCUCGUCUUGAAAACUUCAAGCUCACUCGACUUCCGACAGUAAACCGAGACUUGCACAUGUAUGUGGGUGAGACUUCGGCGAACGUCGGCAAGCGUGGUCCGGCAAAGCACCUCUUGCUUCGUCGUCUUUCCCACUCCAAGGAUAUGAUGGACGGAGGCCUCGAACGCGUGCUCGGUAAGGCUUUGGAAGCCGUGUCACUCUCGUUGGUAGACAGCAGAGCCAAAGGGGUUUCCUCCUCCAGGCUGUAUGUCAACUUCUUGCCAGUGUUCGAAGAUCUCAACUUCAACACGGCCGUAGCCACAAUGAAGAGCAAGCUGACCGACUACAUCAGCCGCGAGUCAGCUCAGCUUCUCGCUAAGAAGGUCGAUGAGAUUGAGGUUCGCUUCCGUGUGGGCAAGGAGAAGGUUCCGCUUCGAUUGAUGGCGACUUCAAUGUCUGGCCAGUGGCUCAAGGUCGACCUCUACAAGGAGUACCUCGAGUCAACGAGUGGCAAGGCUGAACAGUUCUGCUUGCUCGGCCCGAACGGAGAGGAAGAAUCUUGCUUCCUUGAGCCGUACCCGCAGCCGGGUGCGCUCGCGCAGAAGCGUGCCGUUGCACGCGCGAUUGGCACGACUUACAUCUUCGACUUCCUUGGUCUCUUUGAGAAGGCUCUUGUCCUUGACUGGCGCACCCACAUUGCUGAUGUCGGAGGGACGAUGCCGUCCGACUUCUUUAGCGCUUCGGAGCUUGUUCUCGGUAAUGAUGGGCAACUCACGAAGGAACAACGCCCGGCGGGUUCGAACAACGUCGGGAUGGUCGGCUGGCAUUGCUUCAUGAAGACUCCCGAGUACCCUGAAGGGCGCGAAGUUGUCAUCGUCGGCAAUGACUGCACGUACAUGUCUGGUUCCUUCGGUGUCAAGGAAGAUGACGUGUACGAUGCCAUUUCGAAGUACGCUCGUAAGUUGGGCUUGCCGCGUGUGUACAUCGCGUCCAACUCUGGCGCGCGAAUCGGCCUCGUCGAAGAGCUUAAGCCGUACUUCAAAGUGGCUUGGACAGAUGCGUCCAACCCGGGCUUGGGCUACAAGUACCUGUAUCUCACGCCAGAAGACUACAAGUCCUUCCCGGAGGGUACUGUCAAGGCGGAAGAGGUCAAGGAGGAUGGUGAAAUUCGCAUGAAGCUCACAGAUAUAAUUGGCCAAAUUCAUGGCAUUGGUGUUGAAAACUUGCGAGGCUCUGGUAUGAUAGCGGGCGAGCAGUCCGCAGCGUAUGCGGAUGCCUUCACUCUCUCGUACAUCACCGGUCGCUCUGUAGGUAUCGGCGCGUACCUGUGCCGACUUGGCCAGCGUAACAUCCAAAUGACGAAUGGUCCCCUGAUCCUUACCGGUUACUUGGCGCUCAACAAGCUUCUCGGGCGCGAAGUGUACACGAGCCAAGAUCAGCUUGGUGGCCCACAAGUCAUGAUGCCAAACGGUGUCUCGCACUUGCAAGUCGCCGACGAUCAAGAAGGUGUCAGAUCCAUCUUGAACUGGCUCUCGUACACGCCUGCUACGUCGAAGUCUCAAGUGCGCGCUCGUCGUUCGUCUGAUCCGGUCGAUCGUGACAUCGACUUCAUGCCGUCGAAGACUCCUUACGACCCGCGCAACAUGCUCGCAGGUGUCGAACAGAAUGGUAGCUUCGCGAAGGGUUUCUUCGACACUGACUCGUGGACCGAGACUUUGCCCGACUGGGGUAAGUCCGUCGUUACCGGGCGAGCCCGACUCGGUGGUGUACCGUGCGGUGUCAUCGCCGUCGAAACACGGAUGAUGGAGCAGCGAAUCCCUGCUGACCCUGCGAACCCUGAGUCUCGCGAGGCCGUGUUGGCUCAAGCGGGUCAGGUGUGGUUCCCGGAUAGUGCGCACAAGACGGCUACGGCGAUUCGUGAUUUCAACAACGCUGAGAACUUGCCUCUAUUCAUCUUCGCCAACUGGCGUGGAUUCAGCGGUGGUACUCGGGAUAUGUACGGCGAGAUCUUGAAGUUCGGCGCGAUGAUUGUCGACGAGCUUCGCGUCUACCGCCAUCCUGUCUUCAUUUACAUUCCGCCGAAUGGUGAGCUCCGCGGUGGUGCCUGGGUUGUCGUUGAUCCGACCAUCAACGAGGGACGAAUGGAGAUGUACGCGGACGUGGAAUCUCGAGGGGGCAUCCUCGAGCCGCCGGGCAUCUGUGAGGUCAAGUUCCGCCCCAAGGACCAACUCGCCGCGAUGCACCGCUUGGAUCCGGUUCUUAUGGAAUUGGACAAGGACGCUGAAGCGAACAAGGACGAGAUCAAGAAGCGUGAGCAAAACCUGUUGCCGAUGUACACGCAAGUCGCUCACGAAUUCGCCGACCUUCACGAUCGCAGCGGUCGUAUGAAGGCGAAGGGUGUGAUUCGUGACGUGGUCGAGUGGAAGAAUGCGCGCCGUUAUUUCCAUGGCAGACUCACGCGCAGACUUGCUGUCGAUGCCUUAGCUAGCAAGAUCAAGUCUGAACUUGGUGACAUCAAGCUCGACAGACCUGUCGAGGAAUACAUCGAGGAGGCGGUCGCCGCGUCAGGCGUCAACGCCAAUGACGAUAACGCCGUCGCCGCGAUGCUCGAGAGCAACUCGGCGAAGAUUGGGAACGACGUCAUGAUCAAGGGUCGUGCUGCCAAGGUUGCCCAAUACGUUGAAAAGUUAAAGGGCCUCGACGCUGAGGACCUCAAAGCCAUCCUCGCCCAGAUGUAG